UACUUUUAUCUGUGUAGUAACUCCUGGGUGACGAUAAAGAUUCAAAACUGGGACACGUUAUGAUAAAGGCACAAAUAUAAUAUCUGAAAGAAGUAUAGUGUUUUACAUCAGUGAAAACUCCUUUUAUUAAGGCAGACGUCUUUGGUAAAGUUUUUUUUAUGGUGUUUCUUUUUUUCUUGCAGAAGCAGAACACAGUAACAUUAAAGUAGUUCUUUUUAAAGCCUACUGAAGUGUUAAAGUAACUGAAACAGUAAAGCCCACCAGGAAAAGACCCCAGUGAACUUACGGUUUGUCUACUGGAGGAGGAGUGCAGAGUGUAUGAAAGGAAAUUUGAACUUGAAUCCCAGCCUUUACAGGAAGUGUAUUUUGAAGCUUCAGGAAAAUUUGAUAAACCAGUACUGUAACCUGAGUUGAAAAGGGAUACAGGACUCUGUGUGGUUACAUGCACUAAAAUUAACCGAUUACUAAGGUCUUUGGAUCCGUUCUUUGCUUUCUAAAGAUUUUAUCCUGCUCCAAAAUCCACCAACUACCAGUAUUAUUAUGGCUGAUACUAUCAGAGAAGUCUCCCUAAGUGUGAUGCGGGAAUCCAGACGUGGACCCGUUGCUCAGUGUGCCUAGAGGGAUAUGGCUGCACCUCACUGACGAGGCCCACAAUAGGCCGAAACGUACGUCUGGGGUUUUGCUGUUUCUCUUGUUCAGAGAGGGAUUGCCUGGUAUUUCGGGGCUGGACUGCACUGUUAAGUCAGGAUCAGACUGAUAUGCUACAGGAAAGUUCUUCUCUGUGAAAGUUUACCUGCUAAGCUGAUCAAUGGAGGAGUGGCUGGACUGGUUGGUGUUACCUGUGUUUUUCCUAUUGAUCUUGCCAAGACACGGCUACAGAACCAACAAGGGAGAGCAAUUUACUCUGGAAUGUUUGACUGCUUGGUGAAAACGGUUCGCUCUGAAGGUUUUUUUGGAAUGUACCGAGGAGCAGCUGUCAAUCUUACCCUAGUUACACCAGAGAAAGCCAUUAAAUUGGCUGCAAAUGAUUUUUUCAGAUACCAUCUGACCAAGGAAGGGAAACAACUGACCCUGAUCAGGGAGAUGCUGGCUGGGUGCGGAGCAGGGACCUGUCAAGUAAUUGUGACUUCCCCCAUGGAAAUGUUGAAAAUUCAGCUGCAGGAUGCAGGUCGCCUAGCAACACAGAAAGUUGUAGCUGGUGAGGGGGCUGCAGCAAUACCUCACCCUUCCCCUGCUGCCUCAAAAAAACCAUCUGCAAUGCUGAUAGCACGAGAUCUCCUUCGUACGCAGGGUAUCUCAGGAGUGUACAAGGGACUGGGUGCAACGCUACUCAGGGAUGUGCCAUUCUCAGUUAUCUAUUUCCCUCUCUUUGCAAAUGUUAACAAGCUGGGGCAGAAGUCAUCCCAUGAGAAGGCUCCGUUCUACCACUCCUUUGUUGCUGGAUGUUUUGCAGGAGCUGUAGCUGCUGUGGCUGUGACGCCUCUCGAUGGUAGGACUGGUCAUAGCUAUAUCACAUAAACUUUUUUUAUUAAUUUGUUACAUAAAUAUAAGGAUAC